AUGGGCUUCGAGCUUCUCGGGAAUGGCUUCUGCAUGGACUCCCAGAACAUCUACUACGACAGCUUCACCGCCUCCACGGGGGAGAACGGUUAUGAUGGGACCCUGGCCAUGUGCGAGAGCCGUUCUGCGUCGAAUCCUCAAUCUCCCGGCUUUGCCUUCAGCGACACAAACGCCUGCACCAUCUACAUGAACAAUGGGCAGGUGCCAAUAGGCUUCGAGGUUCCCAUCUCCGGCACUGUCACCACGAACUAUGGCAAUGGGCCCAUCAACAAAGCAUCCGGACAUUUUGCCAGUUCCUGCUAUCGCAAACUGCCUACCACGACUACAACCACAAGCACAGAGAGCGUGGCAACAAGCUCCUCCAGCUCCACCUCAACACCCUCGACGACCACGACGACCACGACGGCAGCCGCCCCUCAAGGUGUGAUGUCCAGCAGAUACACGGAGACCGCGGACGCAUACUGCUCCAAUGCCAUGGAUGAUGAUGAUCCAUCCAUCUUGUCCCGCUACGAUUCGUUCGAAAACUGCUGGGAAUACUGCGCGUCGGAGACCAGCUGUGCUGCAUGCUUUCAGCCUUGCUUAGAUGGAACAGGAGGCGGCUGUAUUGGCUCCCAAGGCUGCCAAUUUCUGGCCGUGUCCCUGUGCUCUGCCAAGACUGCAGAUGGUUGCGGAGCCAGAAUUUGGAGACGGUAUGGAAGCUCUGGAGAUCCGAUGUUGGCAGUGCGCAUUGUGCUCAUUGUCGUGGGUGCGAUCGUCUUGCUAGGCCGGAGAGAGAGAGAGAGAGAGAGAGAGAGAGAGAGAAGCCGCGAGUGGUUCAAGGCUCCGCCCCCCGAGAGAGAGAGAGGAGCCUCAACCCGGACCCGUGAGGGAGCUUCGAGGGUCCUCCGUGCCGUCAGAGGGGCCAUCGACCUGUACGGCAAGAGCGUAGCACUACACGACUUCCCCGUGAGGGUCCUCCGCUGCGACAUAGUCGAGAGUGCUCCCGGCCGUGAACCGCUGCUCUCCGAGGCGAGAGGGGGACAUUCAGGACCGCUACCACAUUGGCAUCGGCGGCCUACUCGCUGUCUUUGCCCAGGGAGCGACCCGGGACAACCAGAAGGGGAGACACAGAACGAGCCGGGAGAGGUCGUGAUACUACCCGCACCUCAUCAAGAAUGCAAGCCAUGCCUACGUCCGGAGGGGCAGCAGGCCCCAGCCACAUGGAAGGGGUGCAGGGGCCAGGACCCGCGCCGCCUGCAGUUGAAAUCCCCGACGACCCUCAGGACGAGCCGGGGUCCCCACAGAAAAGGGGGAGGAAAGCAGAGCAGCAGCUGA